GAAAAAUAACAAAAUGGAGGAUUAUGAAUACUUCACAUGUGUCUCUACUUCCUCUGAACUUGUCAAUGUGAGCAGCACUGAUCAACAGAACUAUAUUCUUAAGAUUUGUGCUGAAAAAUUUAGACAAAACAAAAAAAAAGAUGAUGAUGAAAUAUUUCCAAUUCUCCUAAAAUUAGCUGAUUUGGGAUUAUAUCCUGAAGCUGAAUAUAUUCUGAGUCUCUUAUAUAUUAAUAAACAAGGAAUUGCAAAAGAAGAAACUGCUCCAAACGUAGAAUAUGCUAAACAAUUUAAUAAAUGGUUGAAACAGGCUGCUGAAAAAGGACAUGCUGAAGCAAAGGAAUUGUAUUAUAAAAUUAAAGAUUAA